AUGUCUAGCGAAACUCCACAUACAAUGUUUGCUCAAUCCUCAAUAUCCACGUCAUCCGAUCCCCCAUUACCGGGACUUGUAUUUGGAUCUUUCUCAUUCAAAGAUGCUACCAUCGACGAUGUUUGGGAAGAUCUUUCUAGUCGAUUCAUCCUUAAUGUUCCUGAUGAGGAGCUUGAGACUGUCGAAAGAAUAUGUUUUCAGGUAGAACAGGCGCAUUGGUUUUAUGAGGAUUUUAUACGAGACGAGAAUCCCGAUUUACCCUCGCUUCCAUUGAAGAAAUUCUCCCAGCAACUUUUCGCCGCAUGUCCCCUCCUUCGCCAGUGGAGUGCCAGUCAGGAGCAUGAACAGGCGUUUCAGGAAUUCAUGAGAUACAAGACACGAGUUCCUGUGUGUGGUUGUAUCAUGCUGAAUUCCUCUCUCGAUAAGUGUGUGCUUGUCAAGGGCUGGAAGGCUUCAUCUGGAUGGGGCUUUCCAAAGGGCAAGAUUAACGAGGAUGAGGAGGAACAUGACUGCGCUAUUCGGGAGACCCUAGAAGAAACAGGAUUUGAUGUCACUUCGCUUCUUGACAAGCGGAUUUUCAUUAAAAACACACUCAAAGAACAGCAGCUUACUUUAUACAUUGUCCCCGACGUUCCAGAAGACACAGUUUUUCAGACAAGAACCAGGAAAGAGAUCAGCAAAAUCGAGUGGUUCAAGCUUAGUGAUCUUCCGACUUGGAAGAAAAACCGACCAGUUGCCGCAAACAACAAGUUUUAUCUUAUCUCUCCAUUCGUUAGCCAAUUGAAAGCAUUCGUCAGUGAGAGAAAACGCCAGCGCAAGGCAGUCCGCAAAAGUGGACGUACUCCGGCCAUUUCAAACCAGGAACCAGCUUCUUACCAACCAGGACAAACCUACGUAGACGAACUAGAUACUGCUUCCCCCUUCCGACCCAAUGCUCGCCCUCACGAACGAUACGAUGCUGAUCUGCGGAUGGAUUCAAAAUCGGGAAACCCAUGGGACGAUGUGGGCCCUCAGCAUGCAAAGCCUCGUGCAUUGGCUGUCCAUGUUGGUCACGAUUCUGAAUCAUCCAGCCAGAAUUCGUCCGGUACAAAUGCGUUGACAAGCGGCUCAAGUGCUCAUGCAUCAGCUUUCGAACCUAUUACACCCUCCAGCGAUACUCCCUAUGCAAACGAUGUGCAUGUUAGGAGCGUGGAAACAGGACCUUCCAAUGAUUCGCCCCACCUUGCUCGACUUUUGCAGGGACUAACUCUAUCCGCGGCAGUUGUUGAUCCAAUCCAGCAACCUAUUAUGGACACCAAGGCCGCUAUGCCGCCCCAGUACACUGAUCGGAAGAAGACACCACCGACGAAAAGCAUAUUUGACUUUGUUUCGCCAUUUGAUGCGUUGGCUAGUCCGUCUACCAAACCAGAACCAAUGCCAACGCCCACGCCUCCACCUCAACCCAUCGCGGCAGAAGCUAGAUCAAGCAACCCCCUUGCUAAUCGCCAACCAUCGGUCCUAUCUGGACCCAUCCUAAACUCGCAACCUAGGGUAGCGCCUAUGACACCCGCCGCGUUUGCAGAUCUGGGCCUUGUUCCGGCUUCUCUGACGUCUAAAUCACCUGUCUCACACAAGCGGGUGGCUGCUACACCCCAGCCAUAUAGUGUUCCCAACGGCUUACCUCCCCCAACUGCGACGCCUGUCCCUGGUGACCCUGGCGACCACCCCUUUGACCGUCGCCGUAAACAACUUGCGUUACUCGAAUCGAUCGCUGGAGAUGCGGAUCGUAUGAUGACUCCGGCCCCGCCGACCCCGCUGAUGUCCUCCCGUACCCCUGCUGCUCAGUUCCUCAAUCACUAUGCUCUCCCAGGCGGAUUCCAGCCUCCCCCACCCACUGAUAGGAUGCAAUACCCUAUGGGACUGGUAAACGGAGGGCUUCGCCCGGGUCUCCCACCGUCUCCUCUCUAUUCUCGCCCCAUGCCAGCUCGUAUGGCCGGGCCCGAGUCGAAUGUUCACAAGGGACAUCUUUUGACAAUGUUUGGCUCGACCCCUACGCCUGCACCUAUGCCUAUUCCAACGCCAACCCCUGGUCCAUAUUCUCAAGCAAUGUAUCAUAACAAUAUACCCCAGCCUCAUCUUCAGUUUGGUCCUAGUUUCACUCCUGCUCCGAUCCCAGGGCUGAGUAACCACGGUGCACCCAACUACCCGAUGCAGCCGCAGUACGCUCCAUCCAUGAACGGAGGAUUCCCCCCAGGACCUCCGGGGCCUAACAACAUGCAUCAUCCGGUACCUGGGCAUCCGUAUUCGACUCCUGGCCUAUCCUAA